AUGUCCGAGAAGCCAGAGCAGCCCAGAGACAAUGGGAUCAGCCCUCCCUCGUCCGUUGACGGCCAAGUCAAUGAGAAACCCAAGCAUCAAUCUGGUCUUACCGGUUUCUUCUCUCGACUCGGUGACCUACCAGAAUGGAAAGUCGGCGGUAAACAUCUCGAGGGUGCUACGCUCAACUGGGCCAUCGGCAUCAUUGCCUCAUGCGGUUUUCUCAUGUUUGGAUACGACCAAGGUGUUUUGAGUGCCCUCCUUACUCUGGAUGACUUUCAAAAGAACCUGGUUCUCAUGACACCACGGGACGAUUCAAACCCUCUCUGCUGGCUCGACUACCCCGAGAACAAUCAACCUGACCCGAACCAAUGCACUGGCGAUCCCAACACUCAGGCAGCAGCGGUGGCGGUUUACCAGAUUGGAUGCUUCUUGGGAGCUGUCCUCAUUCUUUUCUACGGCGAAAGGUGGGGCCGAAAGUCGUCUACGUUCUGGGGAAGUCUCAUUAUGAUCAUUGGAACAAUCAUGCAAGCGUCUGCCCAUGAGUAUGGUCUCUUCUCUGCCGGCAGAAUUGUUGGUGGCAUUGGAAACGGCAUGGUCACUUCGACUAUCCCGACAUGGCAGUCUGAGUGUGCUCGACCUCACCAACGUGGUUUCUUGAUCACGCUCUCAGGUGCUCUCAUCUCGGGUGGUAUCAUGAUCUCGUACUGGGUUGAUUACGGAUUCUACUUCUUGUCUGGAUCCGUUCGCUGGCGAUUCCCAGUCUCCUUUCAAUCGUUCUUCACCAUUGUUGUCAUGAUUGGGCUACUCUACCUGCCCGAUUCUCCUCGGUGGCUUGCCAUGCAGGGUCGCGUCGAUGAGGCGCGUCAAGUAACUGCUCGUCUUCUAGGCAAACCAGUGGACGAUCCGGAGGUGAUUACAGAAAUCAAGGCUAUCCAGGAAGCUCUUGAAGUGCAGAGUCGAGGAGGUGGAUUCCGCUACAAGGAACUCCUCACCAAUGGCCCCUCUCAGAACUUCCGACGAACCAUGCUCGGAGUUGCCGCUCAGUUCUUUCAACAGAUUUGCGGAAUUAAUCUUGUCACUUACUAUGCAACAUUCCUCUUCGAAAACUCGCUCGGCUUCGGUCCGGAGAUGUCUCGCUUGCUGGCUGCUCUCAACGGCACAGAAUAUUUCCUUGCCUCGCUCGUGGCUCUCCCUCUGAUCGAACGCACUGGUCGACGCAAGCUCAUGCUGUUUGGUGCCUUCGGAAUGAUGGCCUCCAUGGCAGUUCUUGCAGGAACAGUCUCUACUGGAACAGCAGCGGAUAACGGUGCACCUCAACUUGAGACUCGAUAUGGCGUGACGGCGACUGUUUUCCUCUUUGUCUUUAACUCAUUCUUUGCUAUUGGCUGGCUUGGAAUGACAUGGCUCUAUCCCGCUGAGAUCACAAACCUCCGCAUCCGCAUCCAAGCCAACGCGCUAUCGACAUGUUCUAACUGGCUUUCAAAUUUUCUAAUUGUCAUGAUCACGCCCCCCGCAUUUGCGAAUCUCGGAUAUCGGACGUAUGCCAUGUUUGCCGUGUUCAACGCGGCCAUCAUUCCAUGUGUCUGGUUGUUCUUCCCUGAGCCAAAAGGACGGAGCCUUGAGGAACUAGACGUCAUCUUUGCCAGCGCACACUUUGACAAAGUGAAUCCAGUCAAGAGGGCGAGGGAGAUGCGUCAUAUUGAAGGGUCGGAGCUGGAGGGUGAGUUGGACAAGUACUUUGGGGCCUCCAGUGAAGAGAUCGAGAAUGCUCGUUAG